AUGGCCCUGCGAGUCAAGCCGGCAACGGCUGUGAUGCCCUUCCGUGCGGCGUCCGCCCUGCCCAUCGCCCACCGCCGAGACGCGAGCUCCCUGACCCCCCACGCUGCGGGAUCGAGCCUCGCCAAGCCUCGCAAGGAAGUCCCUCUCCCCAGCGAAGAAGGCACCAAAGGCGUCGUCCAAUAUGCACUAACCACGCUCGACGUCGUCGCCAACUGGGCCCGGCAAUCGUCCCUCUGGCCCAUGACCUUUGGCCUGGCCUGCUGCGCCGUCGAAAUGAUGCACCUCUCGACGCCGCGCUACGACCAGGACCGCCUGGGCAUCAUCUUCCGCGCCUCCCCCCGCCAGUCCGACGUCAUGAUCGUCGCCGGCACCCUCACCAACAAGAUGGCCCCCGCCCUGCGCCAGGUCUACGACCAGAUGCCCGACCCGCGAUGGGUCAUCUCCAUGGGCAGCUGCGCCAACGGCGGCGGCUACUACCACUACAGCUACAGCGUCGUCAGGGGCUGCGACCGCAUCGUUCCUGUCGACAUCUACGUCCCCGGCUGCCCGCCCACCAGCGAGGCCCUCAUGUACGGCAUAUUCCAGCUGCAGAGGAAGAUGCGCAACACCAAGAUCACGCGCAUGUGGUACAGGAGGUAA